AGAAUUCUUGAAUUGGAAACCUCUUUGGAAAAAAGCUUACAAGAAAGCAAAAAUGAAUCAGAGCAGUUAGCUGUUCAUUUGGAAGCUGAAAAAAAUAAACACAGUGAGGAAAUUACAGUCAUGGUUGAAAAGCACAGGCUAGAACUAGAGAGCCUACAACAUCAGCAGGAUGACAUUUGGACUGAGAGAGUCCAAGUCAUAAAACAACAGCAUCAGACUGAAGUGGAAAAACUUAGAGAAAAGUAUGAACAAGAAAAGGAAACAUUAUUGAAGGAUAAAGAGAAUCUUUUCCAGGCCCAUGUACAGGACAUGAAUGAAAAAACUUUAGAAAAGCUUGAUGUCAAGCAGACAGAACUGGAGUCACUCUCUUCUGAGCUCUCAGAAGUGUUAAAAGCUCGUGAUGUGCUAGGAGAGGAACUUGCUGUUCUCAGGGCUCAAGCAGAUAAAAUGAAACAGGACUCAGAGGCCAAGCUGGACGAACAGAAAAGCCAGCACCAGCAAGAAGUAGAUAGGAUCAUUAGAGAGCAAGAACUAUCAACCCAGAGAACUGAGACGGCUUUAAAAGAGGAAAUUAAUCAGCUGGGGCUUCUCUUGAAGGAAAAGGACGAGCAUUUGAAAGAACAUCAGGCUCGAGUAGAAAAUCUCGAGGCGCAUAUUAAGAAGUCUGAAGCAGAGUUCCAGCAAGCAUUCGCUAAGCUGGACCUUUUUCAGUCACAGCAGAGCACCACUCACGAACAGACAAGGGUAUACGAGGAGCAGUUGGCCCAAUUGCAGCAGAAGUUGUUGGAUCUAGAAACAGAAAAAAGUCUUCUUACCAAACACAUAUCUGAAAUUGAAACGCAGAGAAAGGAUGUUUGUAUGGAGUUAGAUAUUUACAAACUCCAGGUGCAGAACUUAACACAGCAGCUUGAAAAACAGAGCAGUGAAAUGGAGGAAAAGCUGAAAGCCUUAACUCAACUCCAUGAGUCACAACUUAAUGACAGUAACUGUGAAAAGGAGCAAACAAAGCAAAUUUUGAUGGAAAAGGAAAAUGUCAUUUUACAAAUGAGAGAAGAACAGACCAAAGAAGUUGGGAUACUCAACCAGAAGUUGUCUUCCAAGGAGGAGAGUAUUCGUAUUCUGCAUGAGGAAUAUGAAACCAAACUAAAGAAUCAGGAAAAAAGGAUGGAGAAGGUUAAGCAGAAAGCAAAGGAGAUGCAGGAGACAAAGAGGAAGUUGUUGGAUCAAGAAGCCAAACUUAAAAAAGAGCUUGAAAACUCUGUUCUGGAGCUGAAUCAGAAAGAAAAAGAGUUCAAUGCCAAAAUACUGGAAAUGGCCCAGGCUAACUCAGCUGGAAUCAGUGACACAGUGUCAAGACUGGAGACAAACCAAAAGGAGCAGAUAGAAAGUCUGACUGAAGCACAUCAGCAAAAACUCAGUGAUAUCAUAUCAGCCUGGGAAAAACGACUGACUCAGCAAGCUGAAGAACUUCAGGGGAAACAUGAGAGCCAAAUACAGGAGAAAGAACAUGAGAUUGCCCAGCUGAAGCAGAAGAUCCUGAGGUCUGGGUGUGAAAAAGAGGAGCUGAGCAAGGAGCUGGCACGGCUGACGGAGGAAGGUGAGAAGCAGGGAGCAGCCGUCAGUGAGCUGCAGGAGCAGUUACAGCAGAAGUCUGUCCAUAUGGCUUCUCUCUCACACAGUGAAACUGCUUUGAAAGCACAGGUUGAAAAGCUGGAAGUUGAUUUGAGUCAUUCUCUGAAGGAAAAGAUUUCUCUUCAAGAAGAGCUAGCCGAACUGAAAGUGCUGGCAGAGAAAGAUAAGCUCAAGGUUUCUGAGCUGACAAGUAAGUUGGAAACUGCUGAGGAGGAAUUGCAAAGUGUGAAAUCUUUACAUGAAAGUAGUGAGAAAAGCCUGAAGGACAGAAGCAUGGGUCUCAAAACACUGCUCGAGGAGCUGGCCUUUCAGCUAGAUAGUUACUGUAAGAAAAUCGAGGCUUUACUAGAAGCUAAAGCAAAUGAGCUAAUCAGCAUCAGCAAUAAUAAAACCAAUGCCAUUCUCUCUAGGAUUUCCCAUUGUCAACAGCGCACAGCUAAAGUCAGACAGGUACUGUUGAUGAAGACUUGCAAAGUUUCUGAAUUAGAAGCACAACUCAGACAGCUAACAGAGGAGCAAUAUACACUAAAGAGUUCUUUUCAACAGGUUACCCAUCAGUUAGAAGAAAAAGAAAGUCAGAUUAAGAACAUGAAGGCUGAUAUCGAAGGUCUUGUCACAGAAAAAGAAGCCUUACAGAAAGAGGGAGGCAAUCAGCAGCAGGCUGCCUCCGAGAAGGAGUCUUGUAUUACACGGUUGAGGAAAGAGUUAUCAGAAAACAUCAAUGCUGUCACAUUGAUGAAAGAAGAGCUCGUAGAAAAGAAAUGUGAGAUUAGCAGUCUGAGCAAACAGCUAGCUGAUUUGAAUGUUCAGCUCCAGGCCAGUGUCAGCCUGAGCGAAAAAGAAGCGGCCAUUGAAGCACUGAGCAAGCAGCAUGAGGACCAGCUAGGUGAGCUGCAGAGUCAGGUACGAGACUUAUCUGUGAAAGUUGAUACUCUGAGUAAAGAGAAAACAUCUGCUCUUGAGCAGGUAGAUCAUUGGUCCAACAAGUUCUCAGAAUGGAAGAAAAAAGCACAGCCAAAAUUUGCACAGUACCAAAACACAAUUAAAGACUUACAGGCACAGCUUGACUUAAAAGCCAAAGAAGCUCAUGAGAAGGAUGAGCAGAUACAUUCACUGAAGGAAGACCUUGCUCAGCAGAAUAGAAGAUUUGAAUGUUUAAAGGAUGAGAUGGAAGAUAAGAAGGGCAAGAUGGAGAAGAAGGAGCGGGACUUAGAGACCGAGGUAAAGACUCAGACAGUGAGGAUUGUGGACCUAGAGGACUGUAUUACUCAGAAACAAAAUGAAAUUGAGUCCUUAAAUGAAAUCCUUAAAAAUUACAAUCAGCAGAAGGAUUCUGAACAGAAAGAAUUGGUUCAGAAACUUCAGCAUUUUGAAGAGCUCAGAGAAGAAAAGGACAACAAGCUUCAAGAAGCCGAGGAAAAAGUCUUAAAACUUGAAAAGCAACUGUCUUCCAUGGAAGUGGAACUCGAGAUUAAGAAGAAAGAAUUAGAACAUGUGAAUUCAAGUGUGAAAAGCAGAGGUGAGGAAUUAAAAGCAUUGGAGGAGAGACUUGAAUUAGAAAGUGCUGCCAAAUUAGAACUGAAGAAGAAGGCCGAACAAAAACUCGCUGCCAUCAAGAAGCAGCUGCUGUCUCAAAUGGAAGAGAAAAAACAGCAGUAUGAAAAAGAGACAGAAAGCCAGCUGAGUGAGCUGAGCACAAAAUUACGAGAAAGAGAAAGGGAAGUACACACCCUGGAAGAAAAACUGAAAACCCUAGAAAGUUCUCCACAGUCGGAAACACCAGUUGUGUCCAGAUCAGUAGACAAUGUGGCAGCGUGUGUGGAGCAAGAAGCUGCAGGUUCCCAAGGCUGUGAGCAGACGGCGUGUGAAGAAAGGAGGCAUGUGUCGCGAAGUUUACCUGAGGAAGACAGCCUGUUGGAGCAGUCAGAGCAGGGAAAAGGUGAGAUGCUUUCAUCUCAUUCUGAA